UUUUCCCAGAUGCGGAAAAGCACAUGUUCUCUCGCACAAGCCAGUCGCACGAAGACAGGCUUCCAUUUGGAGACGGCGGCGAUCGAACGUCUUGAGGGCACACCUCUCUACUUUGAGUCGUACCCCUUCCACCCCCUCUACCCUCCCAACCAACCCGUGAAAUGUGUGACAACCCCUCGUUCAACGGCGCCUACGCCAACCGUGGCUCUGCCACUCCCGAGCUUGAGCUGUAUGCUGGGUCGUCCAGCCUUCCUGGCCUCGAUUUUGUUCGUCUGGUCGGGUCGCCUUCGCCGAGCCUGUGUCUGUCCAUGCCGACCACUCCCGAGCUAGACUCUCGGCCCUCCGUCUCAAUGUCGCCCUCCGAAGGAGCCUCGAGUCCUCCGCAAGAGAUGGACUCCUCUCUGUCCGUGGACGAACUUCUGUCGGGCGUUUCUCUGACCUCCUCGCCUGAGGGUAUCAGCGACAUGCUCACACCCUCGGAACUUGGCGUGUGGUCGUCGUUGUCUGCCUCACCUGGGGACCCGAUCUUUGUCGGAAACUCCUCGUCGUGGGCCACUUCGUCGUACGCGUCGUCGGCCACCUCGUCGUCGCCGCAGCCCGAAACAGUGCCGCUCAUGGCCGAGCCUCAGCCCAUGAUCCGUACCCUGGCUGAGCGCCGUAACUCUGUCAAGAACGUGCUCAAGGCUCAGUUCGCCAAGAUUGCGGAUCUUUUCCCGCAACCGGCCAAGAAGCGGAGUUGCGACCGCAUUCGUGUGAAGCGGGUGCCUCUGCUCGUCGAGGGGGUCAUCGACCGGCUCCUCACCGCUCUUUCGCCGGAUAAGCUCCCCCCUUUUGAGCGUGUCAUCCGUAAGUCCACGCCGGCCAUCCCUUCCGCGGUGUUUGCUGCCCUAGAGGCUGGCUCGCCCACUGGUGCCGUGCGUGCUCUGAACCUUCCCGAGUGCCGCCUCAUGGAGGUGUACCACAGCACUUCCGGAGACCGCGCGAAUGCGAUUGUCGAGCACGUGAAGGCGAUGUUUGACGAGGACGCCGAUACGCCCUUUCAGAACCUCUUCAACCUCUUUGUUAAGUUCUUCUGUGCGCUUGCGCUUAUUAUGGCCUGCGGCUCGCCGAGCUCCAACUGUUUCAAGACCGACGAAGUGGUCCAGGGCAUGCUCAAUUCGCUUUACAACCUGGCCUGCAAGGGCCAGUUGAAAACGACUGCACGCGCAGUCGAGGCCUGGUUUGCCAAGUACGACAUGCCGCCGAUCGGCUCCAAGCGCGCGCGUACCCCCGCAACAUUCGACUCUGACGACAACGCUCGCCGAAGCAAGCGUCAUCAGGGUCUCAAAUAUUAAGCUCGUUGGGGAGCCUUCAGGCUCCCCUCGACAUUUAAUCAUAUGAUGAUAUAUAUAGAAAUGGAAGUCGACUCAUGACCAAUUUACGCCACGACGACCGGCCGCUCGGCCUCGUCGGGCGGUCGCGAUUGUGCAUUUGCUCGACUUUUUGAAGUAACCGCACGUACCAUAUGUGUACAGCGCGGCCUUUUUUUUUUUGAAGUAAAACGCAUGCGUUUA